AUACUUUGAAAUUUCGCGCUCACGCGGCUCUAGUUCAUCCGGCGCGAUGCUAGAUGGCGCGGCGAGAAGCAACGCGGCGGCUCCCACAAUCGAGCCGGGCCGGUCAAUCAGUCAGUUCGUAUCGGUCGCUCGGCUGGUUCAGUUAGUGAGCGCAUGCGCAGCGGGACGGUGCGCCAGCCAUAAACGCCGGCUCGAGGCGCAGCAGCUGCCGCUCGGUGUCGGUUGACGUUUCGUCGCCGUGAGAAACUCGUUGUCGAGUCUGCGCGGGUAUGCGGGCAACCUCGUUGGCUGGCUAGCGGGCUAGACGGCUGGCUGGUUGGUCAGUUCGGGCAUCUCUCACGUGCGUGCGUACAACCUGCGUGUGUGUAUGUGUGUGCCGUACGUGAUGUAGAAGGUUUGAAAAUUUGAAAAGCGGCGUGCGCGAGUGUCGCGGGUAGUUCCCGCGCGGUGCAGGUGUCUCGAUACGAGAAAGAGAAAAACAAACGUUGGCGGAGGAGGUGGAGGAGGAGUGCCGUCGUCGUUGGCCGUUCGCUUCUUCCGGAAGAGGAUUCACGUGGCUAGAAGGACGUGAUCUACCGUUGGUCGUCGUCGUCGUCGUCGCUGCCGCCGCCGCCGCCAUCGUCGUCGUCGAAAACGUCGACGGUACAGCCCAGCGGAAUGUGGCACGAGAGGCACCGCCGGCACCAUCUCGGAAGCCAUGCUGGCUGACGAGCUCGCACGCACCCGGCGAGGAGACGAUGGUAGAAAGCCGAGCUUGCAACCGCCUUAACGCUCGCACGCACGAUCGAUCGAUCGAUCGAACGAACGAAGGAACGAGCGAUCGAACGUCCGCAUUGUCGUCGUUUGGAAGAGGAAGAGAGACGGCGAAGAAGGAGGAACAGGGAGAGUGCGGGCCGGGGCCCUCCUCGCAGGCCUGAUCAUGUCGCGGAACACCAUUCCUGCCUUUGAUCUUGAGACUCUUCGACGCGCCUCUCACACUACGUAGCAGCGGCUCCCAGCGGCUCCGUCCGUCCGUCUGUCCGUCCCAAGGUGUGCCUCGUCGGCGCAUAGUUCCGCGUUGCGAGCCCGAUAUGUGAGCCGCCGGCUCCAUGUGGACGCCGUCGCCAUGGUGGAACUAGUGUGCAGCAAUUCGUUGAGCCCGGGAACAACGUAGCCUUGGUUCACGCGCGAACGCCUUUCCACGGCCGAGACCAACCGUGGCUGAUCACAUACGAUUGAGAAGAGAGAGAGAGAGAGAGAGAGAGAGAGAGAGAGAGAGCCGCUCGCGACGAAUGACGUGCCUUGCCGCGGACUCGAAGAAGACCCCAGUGCGACGUCGACACAGUGAAUUCGAUGCUCGACAACGAAUCCGAAUAUAUUUUGUCACGUGAAAUUUUUAAGUGCGCGAGCAAAGAGAGCGAAGAAAGGUGAUGCGCGUCUCGGUACGAUGAGACCGGGGUCGAAGUCGACGUUUCACCACACUCGCGAGUACGGAAGCUCGAGUUUCGCUUAACUGUGACGUCGGGUCAGCGCGGCGUGAUGAGAAGAGAGGUGACAGCGAAGUCUCGAUGAAUAUCGCGAAUCUAGCUCGACGACGGACGUCGGUAUAGACGGCGAGAUUGUGAACGAGUCGCACGUGGUGCUAUGACACGACAGACUCAGCGCGACUCGGUACUUGCUUCCGUCGCGAGGCCGCCAUGUGAGGAUCAGCGCGUCGAGACGCUAGAGAAGAGGCCUCACCCCGCGUGACACCAGCGUAAUGCUGAAGCACAUCCUGACGGGGCAGCCGUCGUCAACGGGCUCCAGGCAUCAUCACAAUGAUUAUCAGACGAGCUCGGGCUCGUUGCACGGUGGCGGGCACCAUCAUCACCAUCACUUGCACAACAACUCCCUGCAUCAGGACCAGCAGCCGCAGCCGCAGCAGCCGCAGUCGCAGUCGCAGCAUCACCACCAUUACACUGGGAAUAGCGGGACACGCAGCAGUGGCAGCAAUGGUGGACAUCGUAACAACGGCGCCGACGUGUACGACUCCGUGGUGCAGAGGUCAACGACGGCGUCGAACGCGCACGGUCAGUCGGCUACGACACCGUCGUCGACGCACCGGCAUCCCCUCAACCACUCCCAACUGAGCGUCAACAACCUGUCGCAACGGUUGAAUCACUCGCACGCGCUCAAUCUGUCGACCCUGUCGACCUCCAAGCACUCGGUCAAUAGCGUCAGUCCGAUCGCCGGCGGCAACGGCAACAACAAUAACAACAACAAUCAUCAUAACAACAACAACAACGUCUCGGUGAGUCAGCUGGGGCACACGCUGAUCUCGCAGACGACGUUGCAUCAGGACAGACCGAAGGCGAACGGCGGUUUCGAUAUAUCCAGGCUGUCGCGGCUGCCAAGUCAAACCACCCCUUCGCCAGCACCUGCGGCCGCACCUGUUGUAGCGGGCCAAGUGGCCGGUGGGCCGACGGUGAUACCUUUGAACGCCUCUUGGUCGUCGUCUCUGUCCCGCAAUCAUCGCGGUCAAGAGGCCGGUGUGAAGGAGAUACUCACGAGCCUUGGCUUGCUGUGCCUGGUGUCCCUGCUGUUGGCCCUGCUUUCGGUCAUCUUCCUGCUGAAGAUUUCGCCGCUCACGGCCAUGUCCAACAGCCUCAUCAGUCCGGAGGAGUUCGUGAUCGUAUACGAGGUCACGUUGGCGCUGUGCGCCCUCGCCCUGUCGCUGAACCUCUGCUGCCUGCUGGUCUGCGCCAUACAGUUCCUCUUCGCCGUGAAGCUCGUCAAGACGUCGUACCAGGGUCACCGGAGUAACAAGUACCUGCAAAAAUCGUCCAUCAGCCGCGUGUGCGCGGUCGGAGGUUUCUUCAUUAGCAUUCCGGUCUUCUUAACUGGCAUGAUCCUGUACACGUUCAUCCAGUUCCACUCGACGCCGGCGAUCGUCACGUCGGUCUUCAUCGGCCUCGGCAUCGUGUUCUGCGGGUGCGCCAUGGUCCACAACGUCUUCGUAUGGCAGAGAGAGAAGACGAACGCGGUGAAGGCGCUGGCCCGCGAACAGUGCGAGGCGGCCGCGGCGCACUUGCAGCGUCAGCAGCAACUGCAGCUGCAGCACCAGCAGUCGCACCAGCCGGCGCAUUCGCAGCACUCGCAACAACACCAUCAGCAGCAGCAUCAUCCGCAACAGCAGCAACAUCAUCACCACCAUCAUCAGCAGCUGCAGCUGCGACCGUCGACGCUGUCGACGCUUCACACCGGCACCAAGAUCGGCGGCCCGGCGACCACCCAUUCGACCGCCAGCCUGGCCCAAUCGACUCGCGGCCUGCAUCAUUAUCAGCAUCUACAUCAGCAUCAUCAUCAUCAUCAGCGGCACGUGUCCAUGUCGCCGCCGUUGCUGCUGUCGUCGCCGCAGGCGUCCUCGCAGCAUAACCAUUUGAGCCAUCGCAGCGGUGGCGGUGGUGGCGUCGUUACCGCCACACCGCCGACGACGCCCGGCGACCGGUCACCGCCGAGUCCUGGCGGUGGUGGCGGCGGCGGCGGCGGCGGCGGCGGCGGCGGCGGCAGCGGCGGAAACGGCGGCGGAGGUGGCAGCGGCAAGCUCAACAGGUCGCAGCACUUGCCGCGCGAGACCAGCGGCAGCGUCAGCCCCGGUCUGCCGACGGCCACGCUCGACCUGAGCAGUGCCGCUACCACCAACAGUCCCCACGAAUUGUCCACUCUCGUCUAGAGACGGGAUGUCGCGAGUAAACGGGUCUUCGAGAAAUCAAGAGCCUACUCGACAGCGUGUCUCUGGCUGAUCGAAAAAAGCCUAUUAGCGUAAGCCUCGUUAGAUUCACGUUGUAAACGUUUGCAGAGACAUUGCACACGAAGACGUUCGCCAAGAGUACUAGGCGAAGCCUAUAAGAAGUACCGUACUGAAGUAGAGGAGACUCUCUCGGACUCUCUCUCUCUCUUGCUCUCUCUGGAGAUCCAGAGUUGACAGUCCGAGAGAUCUUCAUUUGAGAGUGUGUUAGCGUCAACGACCGCAUACAACAGAAAUAAUCUAAGUCAUGAAUUCGUGUACUCCAGCCCUCUUGCACUGGCUAAAGCCGGUGUUGAUUUAUAGGAAGGGACCAAAAUGUCGAAAGAAACCGUGAAUAAUGUACGACGCGAUCUCCGGGAAAACGCCGCCCAGAAAUCGGAGCGACCUGUUGCCGGGCAAUUUAUUCGGGGUUCGUGCGCGCACGGUGCGGACUUAGUCCCGGACUUAACCGCGCUUGAACGCGACGCAGUGGUGUGAGUGAGCGCGCGGCGAUUAAGGGCCCGAGAGAGAGAAGCGCUUUGCGCCCUUUGUAACGCCCGCAACACGAAUCGCCGAAAGCUAAGACGCCGGACCGACGAAUUCUCGCGUAUAUUUUGUUUGAUCGCGAUUCAUAACAGUUACGCAUGAAUAGAAUAUUUGAUGGGAAUUGAAUUCAACGACAUAUCUCGAGCGUAUUUUUAGGUGAAUCUAACAAUUAUCGGCCACGCAGCUAAUUACGAGGCAAAUGCAUCUGAAACUGGAUCUUCUCGCUAAAUUCUUCGUAAUUCUCAGUACGGAAUACCGUACUGUAUGGCUAUUGCAAGAUGAAGAAUGUGAGUUUUAAUCUAUUCAAAAGAAUCUCUAAUCUUUGCAAGACCUCUCAGAAAAAAAUAGGCUUUAUGUAAUGUCAAACCUCGUAGCUAAGAGUGUAGAAAAAAAGAAAUUGAAAAACUAAAAUUAGGUUCAACAAACUCCGAUGGUAUGCCGCGAGAAUGAGACAUUAGAUAUUAAAUUUGUGAAAUAUUAAAUCUGCACAAAUGAAUCGUAACGUUUACGUGUACACGCGCCUAAGAUUUUAUUUUGUAUCGAUAGAGUUAUUAUUCGGUAGUGAGCAUUAUAUCAUAUCAAUGAUAUAAAGUCACGAAUGGCAAUGAUCCGCGCUGUUGUUGAUAAGCCGAGAAGCGUCGUUAAAUGUUCUUCGGGCGAGAUUUCGUCAGCCGCGCGUCUGUUUAUCUCGCAGACUCCGUUUGUUUAUCGCGCAUAUUCCGGCGAUUAGCGACGAUAAACCUCGCACCACAGUCUUGGAAUCUGUACACUCUAAGCCGCUGACCGCCUUUACAAACUUGGGUCAUCAACCAACCAGUAUUACCCGAUGUAUGUUCUUCUUCUUCUUUUUCUUCUCUUUCCCGCCGAUACGUUCUCGCAUAGUCGGAGUCUGUGGUGUCUUGAUCCUGCUAGUAUUGUAGCUAACAUGAUUUAAUGACUUGUCGGUAGUGUUAGUUCCUGUUGACCUUGACGAGCUACAUUCUUUUGCAUAUCGCUACCAAUUACGAUUUUCUCAAGCAGGUUUCGCCCCGAUCGCCUUUACAGCGCGUUCCGAGGAACCGCGUACAUACAGCCGCUGUACAUAAUAUUCUUCGGAGAAAUUCCGCCGCGUCGAUCUCGCCGAACAAAACUUGCCGAUUUACGCUUUUAUCCGACACGGCCUGUACACACACACCCCGUGAAAUCAUCGAGGGCAGCAACAGGUUUCGGUAACCUGUUGCGCACAGUUCCGAUGAAAAAAUUCCUUCGCAUCGAAUGUAUUUUAUACAUUAUGCGUCUCGUAAAUAAAUAUACAUAAUAACGUAGUACAAUUCUGUCGCAGCGAGCGUGCGACGCCUCUCGUGUUGUAUCAGGUGAGAUAAAAGCUCGCGCGGUUAAUAACGAUUCAAGGAAAAGCAAUCGUUCGGCGCAAAACCGCGCGAAAUUGCAUUUCGAUGCUUGCCAAGAGCCGCGAUUGUCCGUAGAAAAAUUGUAAUAAUCGGGUACAAUUUUUUCUUUUUUUUUUUUUUUAAGUAAACUUGAAACAGCGCAGCCAAUACUUUCGAUGCGUGAUAAAUCUAGAAGAGACGAGAAAUUGGCACGUAUGUGAAUCUUGCCAUGUUUUUUCGAUUAUUAUUAGUAUAAUGUUAGUAUUAGUUGUACUUAUCUUGCAAAACCUCUAGUCCUAGGUUACUUUCGUUUACACGGAAGCAUAAGACUUUAGAAUUCUGGCUAUCGCAUAAUCGUGCCGUUGAUUAAGGCGAUAUACGAAAAGGGAGUGAAGAAAAUCUAAAGUGUUGAAUAGAUUCGUUUCGAGAUUAAUUCGAAAACACGAUGUUUCAUAUUUGUCUAUUAUAGAUAUUGAAUGGACUAAUUUCCAGAGAAAAAGAGAAAUGUAUAGGUCCAUAUUCUGAACUCUCUUUUAUUGCUAAAGGCGCCUCUAGGAGUGACUUAUAGCCACUCCUAGAGUCAGAAGGCUUAUAAACCACUUUUAUAGAGGCACUUUUAGCAAUAAAAGAAAGUUCAGAACAUCGUGUACUUUAUCUCGUAAAUCGCCUUGCGAGAUGCUUGAAAUUUGCGAACUCGACACAGUGGCAGAAUCAAGUUUAUGCCCGCGUAAGGAGGUUUAAAUAUCUCGAUUAAAAUUAGGGAAUAAAAAAGAAACGGGAGAGAAUGAGAAAGAAAGGAGCGGGUAAUUAAUAUGAGAUGAGUAGCAUAUCCUAUGUAAGUGAGAAAAACAAAGAGUCUCAAGAACGAGAGCGGGCCUCGAAUGCCACUCGAUAUACCACAAGAUAUAAAUCUGAAUGUUCAUUAAUCUCUUUGCCAUCGAUCCGUAAAAAAAUAAUUGGCCGAAUGAGUUCGUCAAACUUCGAGCCCUUGAACGAAAAGAAAAAAGAAUCUAUGCGUUGCAUAAUUUAUGAAUUAAAUACAUGAUUACGUUUCCUUUAAACGUAAAACAAUCGGUGCGUUUUAUAGGCUAAAAGUAACGAGCUAUACAGUAAGGGCUGCUAUGAAUCUAGAUUUAAGCAUACUUAGAAUUAGGUUUAUAUUUUUAUAUCAUUAUAUACCGCGGCGCGGGAGUGCUCGCGCAGAGUCGUGAAGGAAUAUAUACUAAAACAAAGGGAUCAUAGUUGCAGUACGUAAAAAUAAGUAUAAAAUAUUUGCGACAGUUGUGCGAGAGCUUUCAUCUUCGCUCGUGCACUUUUUUAAUAUAUCGCAUUAACUUCAAUUAUAUGUACACAUUCAAGGAUACAUGAAAAAGAAGUUUCACAAAAUUCAAGAUUAAAAAAAGUAUAAAGGGAGUAUGUUGAAAAUUGAGCGAAACUAGAACCGGGAAUUGGUGAUUUUAUUCGAUUCUCCUCAUCAAGGCGAUUCCAACGAUAGAUAACUCGGUAAUUAUAACAGUCAAAAUCAAUCAAUCAGAUCAUAGAAUUGACAGAAUAAUCUCAAUUCUUGAGAAGAGAACCCAUAUGAGAUUUCAGCAUUAUAAUGAUUGUACAUAGGCAGCAAGUUGAUCUCAAUCUUGUCUACAUCAACAUGAAGUCGAUGAGCAACAACACAAGUCUCCUUUGUCCUCGUAUUAUUGACAAUUUUUGAUAAGCUCAGGACAGCGUUCGGAGUAUCUACGAUGUGUUUCGAUCAUCGAAAUAACCGCACAUCGGACCAUUUGAGUCGUAAAAAAUAAAAAAAUAAAACCAAGUUGGUCGCAAUUCGAAUUCGCGACCGCAUAGACUGCUGAUCGAUGGCUAGCCACUGCACCGACCACCUUAGGCCCGAUUCCAUUAAUGUCGAUCAAGCCUUAAACCGCGUUUAAACUAUUUGAAAUAAAGACUUAAACUCAGAUCAAAGCCCAAUCGACGUUGGUGGAAUCGGGCCUUAGAGUACCUAACUUCGUUGACCGUUUUGACUAUAAUAAUCACUAAGUUGAUCCCACGUGUUUUACUUAUUGUUGGAAUCAUCUCGACGAAAAGAAUGAAACUAUCAAUUCUCGUUUCAAUUUUCACUCAGUUUUCAAAAUACUUCUUCAGAAAAUAUACUAAUAUUCGUUUUCUUGCACACACACACACACACACACACACACACAAACACGUAUGUGUGGAGUUUCAACAUUAACAUUUUAUCUUUACAUUCUCUCUCUCUAUCUCUCUCUUUGUACAUGUAUAUAUUUAUGCUUACAAUAUCCACAACAUUCGGAAUGUAACUUCCUGUAUAAUUAAAGAUGAGAGAAAAAAGGGGAGAGAAUACAGAAAACUUCUACCACUUACGGUGUUGUGCGGAACCAUGAUGGGAAUUAUGCAACGUAACAGCUUAUGUAAGAAGACAUUUGAUAACCUAUGGAGAUGUCGUAAUGCACUUACAUCAUGGAUUAGUGUGUUUUGCAGGUUUCGAAAUUUAAUCACGCUAUCGACAUUUAAGACCCGGAAAAUGAUUGAGAGUAUUUUUACAUAUCUAAAUGUAUGGUGUUUUGCAGAAAUUCUGUAUCGAUAGAUUACACCUAAAUUCGUUUGUAGACAUGUAAUUUUACAUUCUGGCAUUCAGCCAUCGCCGAACUGCUUCAAAAGAACCCACUGACAUUCGCGGUUCAUGUCUAGUUUAUAAAUCGGAGUAAAAAAAAAUGGGGACGAGAAUAAUUGAAUACUCGCGCCCUUAUGACUAUCGAGUCGACACACGAAUUGAAAGACGAUUCGAUUAAGUGUAUAUGUACAUAACGAGAAAAUAUAUCGUAGUGACGUAUUCGAACAAAAAGCGCGCGCGCGGACAGAGCAGAAAACUGAAAAUAUGUAAAUUGCGCGUCUAGCGAGAUUACAUGUAAACACUUCACCGCGUUUGUAAGUAGUGUAGCAAUAACGCAUCUUGCAAGUAACAGUACAUAACUGAAUCGAGCGAGUAAGUUAUUUGUUGGGUCCACAUAUAACGCGCAUAGUACAAAAGUGUUUUAGCUUUAUGUACUGAUAAUUAUGUAAUAACACAGUAGAUGUAUGUCUGGUAUGUAAUUAAUUGAGAAGAAGAAAAAUAAAUUAUUAUGAACAUAUACACACACUACGAGUUCGCAUCAAUCUGUGCGAGAGGAACGCAUUGCGGUUCCAACUCGCCGAAUAUUAGGCAAUAUUGUUUUGCGGACAAUAAUAAAAUUGCAUUAAUAUCGUGUGA